AUGCGAGUAUUCGGCUGUCAGACAUUUAUACUGACUCCGAAGGAGAAGCGACUCAAGUGGGAUCCAAAGGCUCGCGCUGGCAUAUUCGUGGGCUACGAAGAAGUGUCCAAGGCAUAUCGUGUAUUUGACAUUGAGGCGGGGCAGGUGGUUAUCAGCCGCGAUGUCAACUUCGACGAGUCCACCUUUGGACUUCAACUGCCGAUCACUGAUGAAGAUGUCGAUGACCUGGACUUCGAAUUGCUGGAUCUUGAUGACGAAGAGCUGCGUCAAAUGGAGUACAAGCAAACAGGCAAGCGCAAGAACCGACUCAAUGAUGAAGAUACAGCAGCUCCACGACCGCGUGCAGUGCGUCAACGACCAGGACUAGAAGAGUCAAGCGCGCCGGAAAACAACUCGUCACGACAAGAAGAAGACGAAGAAACGAAGGAUUCUGGUGAUUCAACACCGCCUGUGCUUUGGCGUGCGAGUGCAAAUGCCGUUGAAGCAGCAGUGGACUUAUCAGAACCCUCAACAUUUGAAGCAGCAGUAAGCGGCCCUGACCAAGUGCACUGGAGAAAAGCAAUUCAUGCAGAGCUCGAGUCAAUGCGACUUCGCGGUGUGUUUCGUGCAGCCAAGCUGCCCAACGGACAACGCGCCAUUGGCACAAAAUGGGUGUUCAAGAUCAAGCGCAAGGCGGAUGGGUCAAUCGAGAAGUACAAGGCACGACUUGUGGCCAAGGGUUUCCGCCAAAAGUAUGGCAUCGACUACACGGAGACGUUUUCGCCUGUGGUCAAGUAUGUGACGCUGCGAAUGGUGAUCGCAAUUUCCAAGCAUUUUGGAUGGCCCAUCGACCAGCUUGAUGUGGUGACAGCUUUCCUGUAUGGCGUCAUGAAGGAACAAGUGUUCUGCGUGAUUCCUGAAGGCGUCGAACUUGACAGUACGUUCGACUGCCUGGAAUUGGUGAAGUCAAUUUACGGCCUCAAGCAAGCGUCGCGAGUGUGGAACGAGACGUUCGACGAGUAUGUGUGCUCCAUCGGAUUUCAAGUAUCGGACUUCGACCCAUGUCUCUACAUCAAGACUUCGGACGGCCAUUGCGUGUUUAUACUGGUCUACGUGGACGACGUCUUGGUGACUGGAAGCUCGCUCGAGCUGAUUGCACAAACCAAGAACGACCUGAAGACGCGGUUCGAAAUGACGGACAGCAGCAAGUGUGCGUUUGUUCUUGGGAUCGAGCUUUUGGACGGUGAAGAUGGCAGUGUGACACUAUGUCAGCGUCGGUAUGUCGAUGAUAUCCUCAAGCGCUUUGGCAUGGAUGAUUGCAAGGCAGUCGCAAGUCCAGUCGACAUGAGCUCUCGACUUGUUUCAAGUGAUGCAACUACCAAGGUCGAUGCUCCUUUUCGCGAAGCUGUUGGUGCGUUGAUGCACCUGACCACUGCAACGCGUCCGGACAUUGCGUUUGCUGUGGGCUAUGUGUCGCGGUUCAUGGAAAAUCCCCAAGAAGAACACUGGGUUGCAGUUAAGCGUAUCUUUCGCUACCUACAAGGCACCAAGACGCAUGGAAUUUGCUACAAGCCAAGUGCAAGGAUCGACUUCCGUGGAUAUUCGGAUGCGGAUUGGGCUGGUGAUCUUACCGACCGCAAGUCAACAUCGGGGUACACGUUCAUGCUACUCGGUGCGCCAGUCAGUUGGGGCAGCAAGAAGCAGCCAAGUGUUUCGUUGUCCACGAGUGAAGCCGAAUACAUCGCACUCAGCUUGGCGAUUCAAGAGGGCAAGUGGAUUCAUCGUCUGCUUUGUGAGAUCGUGAUGGCUGCCAAUGAAGAAGGACCGGAACUCAUGAUCCAUGAAGACAAUCAGUCGUGUAUCAAGAUGACGAAGAACCCAGUCAACCACGGCCGUGCCAAGCACAUUGAUAUCAAGUACCAUCACAUCCGUGAUGAGGUCAAGCGCGGUGAAGUGAAGCUCAAGUACUGUGAAACUGCGGUGAUGUUAGCGGACAUCAUGACGAAGGGACUUCACGGGCCACGCCACAAGGAGAUGACGGCGACUCUCGGGAUUCGUGAGCAUUCGGAUUGA